CGCAGACUUCAGCAUGUCUGGACGUGGCAAGCAGGGCGGCAAGGCGCGCGCCAAGGCCAAGACCCGCUCGUCCCGGGCCGGCCUGCAGUUCCCCGUGGGCCGCGUGCACCGGCUGCUCCGCAAGGGCAACUACGCCGAGCGGGUGGGCGCCGGCGCCCCGGUGUACCUGGCGGCCGUGCUCGAGUACCUGACGGCCGAGAUCCUGGAGCUGGCGGGCAACGCGGCCCGCGACAACAAGAAGACGCGCAUCAUCCCGCGCCACCUGCAGCUGGCCAUCCGCAACGACGAGGAGCUCAACAAGCUGCUAGGCAAAGUGACCAUCGCGCAGGGCGGCGUCCUGCCCAACAUCCAGGCCGUGCUGCUGCCCAAGAAGACCGAGAGCCACCACAAGGCCAAGGGCAAGUGAAUUCAAUUCCAUUUCUACUACGAACCAAAGGCUCUUUUAAGAGCCAACCACCUUGUCAUUGAAAGAACUGUAACGGGAAGUACGGGGUGACGGCAUUUAACAGCACUACCCGAGAACUGGCUCUGCGCUCAGUGCUCGGGAUACCGUAUGGGGUACUGAGAAUUGAACCAGGUCGGCGGCGUGCAAAUGCCCUACCCCAACAUAGACCCUUCCGAAAAGCAAAAGUUAAAGGAGGUGUCUUCAUAUUUUAAAAUAGGAUAUUAGUGGUUAUCUUUGGCUUUCCUCUAGUAAUUAUCUUUCCCUUGCUCACAGCUCAUGGAAGCAUGAAAGUACUCAUCUCAAGAGGGGAGAUGCUAGAAGUUAGCACCUUUGCUGGAAAGUUUCACAAUAAGCUGAAAUUUUUUGAUUGCCCCCCUUUUAUUUUUCUUUUUGAGUCACACCUGGCGAUGCACAGGGGUUACUCCUGGCUUUGCACUCAGGAAUUACUCUUGGCGGUGCUCAGGGGACCAUAUGGAUUCUGGGAAUUGAACCCCGGUAGGCUGCGUGCAAGGCAAACGCCCUACCUGCUGUGCUAUUGCUCCAACACGAUUGCCCCUUGAUCUUUUACUGUUUAUUAUUAAUCAUGAUUCAUUUGGUGAAUUAAAUUUAUUUAAAAAUGGUUAAGUAGAGAGUUACACCAUGUAAUUGCUUUAUAAUGUCAAAACAAUGUGAAGGGAAGUUUCUUAAUGAAGUUGCUGUAGGCAGGUAGAUAGAGAAAGGCCCUGGACAAUGAAACAGGUCAGCAAAAGUUCUGGGAGGAAAAUUCCAAGGCUGAUCCACUUUGUGGAUAUGGAUAAGACCUUGAGUAGCAGACCCGGAGGAGAUUGGACCCCUCCCCAUGAAGGAAAUUCCUCGAAUUCCCUCUGACCUCUCAAUUUGAAUGACUUCAGUGAUUCAGCCCAAAGAAAAUCAUCACCACUCCCAACCUCCCUGGUAACCUCCUUAGCAACAGACUUUUACCUGGGAAGAAGCCCCAUGUAGGGGGCAGGUUGAAGAAACCCUAUAGAAGCCACCUUGAACAAAGUAAGGGCGCGCAUAUGCUGCCAGAGCCCAUGUGCUGCUUGUGCCAAUGUGACCAAGCACGUGUGGUGCCUGAGGACGUGUUGUCCACAUCUCCCCUCCUGAGAUGUGUAUUUUCAUGCUUUUGUGUCUAGUGCUAUGAUGUGUGCAGGGGCUCUCUCUGCCCCUGGAGAAGCCCAUGUUCUCUCUUGAGUGCAUUACUCUCUCUCUCUUACUCUCCCCCUCCACACCUUAAAAAACCUCCAAAUAAAAUCUACUUACUUCAUUGCUUUUCUACUCCUGAAAUUCCUUUCUGCGAGGCGAGACAAGAACCCAGUAACCCUGGGUCCCAGGUGACCGUGGCAGACCAGGAGAAAGUGACCGUCUUUCUCCUCCCCACUUCACAAAAGUCACCCGUGGGGCCCACUGACAUCAAAGUUAAUAGCUAUUGAAUGCCUCAAGGAAAUAAAUUUUCUUACGAAAACUAAAAACCGUCUUUCUGUUUAGAGCACAAAAAAUUGGGAGAGUAUAACUGCUGUCCAGUUUAGGAAGAAUCCAUCAUAUUGCUGAUCAACAAUGGCUCACUCAUUCACAGUGGCCUUUCUGAACUGACUUCUUAUACACGUAAAGUUCACUGGAUUUUGAAGUAAACUCUAGAAAACUGGACAAAGUAGCAUUUUGUUGGCGCAAGCACCAUGAAGUAAAUUUGUCCCGAGAGGUAUGGAGGGAGAUUUAGAGGAUG